AGGUGCGAGAAAGCUUUAUUUCCAUAACAUAUAAACAAAAGAAACCAAAAAAAUAAUAAAAAAUUAAAAAAAGAAAAAAAUAUAUAAAGAAAUGUAAGUGCGAAGAGCCCACGCGCGCAAUCUACAACAACGGCCGGUCAACGGCACGCAGGUGUCUUUACACCCUAGUUGACCACAAGAGCGCCCACCUGUUCCUACACGCGGCCAUCAAAGCAGCGCACCACCAAACGUCACUCACUAGUACUUAAGAGUGACAUGAAACCAAAAAAGUUGUAAAGAACACCAGAAUUACAAGAAAAUUACACAACAAAAGAACCAGAAAAGCACACACAACUCAUGACCAUGCGGCAUAAAUGAGUGCACACACAACGAAACGCAGCCAUAAGUAGUUACAAAAAUAAAGAAAAAAAUAUACAAAUAUUUCUACCCACAACACAUAGCUACAUAAAGUAAAUAAACAAUAAAAAAAGACAAUAACAAGCGCACUUACGCACUCCCACACACACACACACAGCCACCCACACUCACACUAGCCCUAGUGGUCCCUAGCACAAUGCUGCGUAGCUGUGUGUGUUUGGGUCGUGGCGCGAAGCGGCGCAGCUCCUCGUUGGAGGACACCUCGUCGUGUCGUUCGUCCGAAAUUGAACGCGUCGCCAAACGUAUGGAGACCAUGACCGUCUAUACGAAAACCACAGCGACGACAAAAACGACAACCACAACAACAGGCAAAUUGCAACAGCAACAACAACAGCAGCAGCAGCAGCAGCAACUGUUGCAACAAAGCACGGAUGGCGGACAACGCAGCGCAACUUCCAGUCUAUUGCAGUUCUUCCAAUCGAAAACGUGGUACCGGCAUUGGCGCAAAACGGAACGUUCGAUGAGCAUGUCAAAGACCGAAAAAACUUUGCGAGCAGCUUUGCUCAUCCAACGAUGGUAUCGAAAAUACAGAGCGCGCAUGGAGAUGCGUCGUCGUUAUACAUGGACUAUAUUUACAAAUUUAGAAUAUGCCGGUGAAAAUGAUCAAGUGGAGUUAUACAACUUCUUCAAUGCACUGCUCACACACAUUCCCGAAGUUGCCGGUGCCCACCGUCCGUCGAUGCAACGGGAUUCAGAGAUGUCAUUAGCUUCAGAUGUUUAUUUCGAUGAGUCAGAUUUCAAUGAUGAUGGCGAAUAUCGUUCGGAUAAGAACUAUGAUGGACCACAUUUGAAGUUUCCGUUAACCAAAAGGGACGUAGUGUCGCUGAUUGAUGUCUUUCGCAAGAAAAAGUCUGAUCGCCUAUUGGCCAAAUAUGUGGGUGGUAUACUAAAAGAGGCUGCAAAUAAACUAAAACGACUUCCAAAUCUCAAUCAAGCAUCAACGGCGAUAUCUAAACAGGUGACAGUCAUUGGUGAUUUACAUGGUAAACUGGAUGAUCUGUUGGUGAUUCUCUAUAAGAAUGGUCUUCCCUCAAUCGAAAAUCCCUAUAUCUUCAAUGGUGAUUUUGUGGAUCGUGGUAAAAAGGGUCUUGAGGUCUUCCUGCUGCUGUUAGUCUGCUUUCUUGCCUUUCCCGGUGCCGUGCAUUUGAAUCGCGGCAAUCAUGAAGACUCUGUGAUGAAUGCACGUUACGGUUUCAUACGCGAGGUGCAACAGAAGUAUCGGCGCAAUGCCGAGAAAUUAAUGAUAAUGAUUGAAGAAGUCUAUCGUUGGCUACCGCUGGGCACCAUCGUUAACAAUCGGGUGUUGAUUGUGCACGGCGGCAUAUCGGACACAACGGAUUUGGAUAUGAUCAGGAGCAUCGACCGCGGCAAGUAUGUCUCGAUUUUGCGACCACCUAUUGAGAUGGCUGGCGAGGAUGGCAUCGAUAAAGUCGAAUGGAAACAGAUCUUCGACAUAAUGUGGAGCGAUCCUCAAAUCAACGCAGGCUGUAAGCCGAAUUCAUUACGUGGUGCUGGCACCUAUUUCGGUCCCGAUGUAACCAAAAAAUUCCUAGCAAAAUACAAAUUUAAAUUCCUUGUGCGUUCACACGAAUGUAAACCGGAUGGACAUGAAUUCACACACAAUGGGCAGGUGAUAACAAUUUUCUCAGCAUCCAAUUACUAUGCGGUUGGUUCAAAUAAAGGCGCCUACCUAAAGUUCGGUCCACAAUUGGAUACACAAUUUGUGCAAUAUAUCUCAGCGGCAUCGAAGACAGCACGGCUAUCAUUCCAACAGCGUGUGAGUAUUGUGGAGAGCUCAGCGUUACGUGAGUUGGGUGUGCGAUUACGCGACCGCAGUGAAUUACUAGAACGGGAGUUUGCGAAAUUGGAUCCCAAUAAUACGGGCGGUGUGACAGUCUCACAGUGGUGCGACACAAUGGAGCGUGUGACGCAAAUGUCGCUGCCAUGGCGUUUGAUGCGCGACCGUUUAGCGCCGUCAUUUUCACCAAGCGACCCAAAUAUUGUAAACUAUAUGAUGACCUUGGAGUUACUGGAGACAGAUGUUAUAGUCGAAGAAGCUGAAGCUUCUACAAGUGUCACCGAUGCGCUGUACAAAAAUAAGAGCAGUCUGGAAGCAAUAUUUCACAUACUGGACAAAGAUCAUUCGGGUCACAUAUCCUUGGAUGAGUUUGGUGAAGCUAUCGAUUUGCUGCGCAAAUAUAUGCCAUCGGCUGGCUCCAAGAAAGAGCUAAUGAAUAUGUGUCAAAUGAUGGACAUAAAUAAAGAUGGCUUUGUGGAUCUCAACGAAUUUCUGGAGGCAUUCCGUCUCUGCGAUCAAGCACGCAAAAGUCUACAAACAAAGCCCAGGCCGCCCAGACCUUCAGAUUCAUUGCGCGUUGCCGAACUCGCUGAACAACUUUCUAUACAGAAAUUUACGGAAGAGCAAGAUAUCGAUCCGCGCGAUCAUGUGUCCGAGGUACACAGAGAGAAUCCCAAAUAAAAACAAAAAAAAAAAAAAAAAAACUGUGAGUGACACACUAACACAAGUACGAGUAUGAGUACUCAUAAGUAGAGCUAACUUACUAACGGUGGAAGCACUAACAACCUUUAGAGUUGUAGAUAAAUUAAAAAAAAAUGUUAGAUAUAUAGUUAUAUAUAAUUUGUAUAUAAACAAGAGAACUCUUAUGAAUUAAUUUUAGUUAAUGAAAUGUGAAAUGUUAAUUCGUAGGAAAUUUCUAUUAUAUAUAUAUAAUUUGAUUAAGCACCAACCAACCUGCAUACAGAUUUACCUACUGUGAAUUAUGUAAAUACAGCGCGCUAGAAUAUUGCAUUAAAUACCGUUAUAUUAUA